CUUGACCUCACCAAACCCAUUGAAGAUCAGGGCCCUUUGGAUGUGAUCAUACACAAACUGACAGAUGUCAUCCUUGAAGCAGACCAGAAUGACAGCCAGUCACUGGAGUUAGUUCACAGGUUCCAGGAGUAUAUUGAUGCUCAUCCAGAAACCAUUGUCCUGGACCCUCUUCCGGCUAUUCGUACGCUUCUGGACCGAUCCAAGUCUUAUGAGCUAAUUCGGCAGAUUGAGGCGUACAUGCAAGAUGAGAGGAUCUGUUCACCACCCUUUAUGGAGCUGACAAGUGCUUGUGGAGAAGAUACCUUGCAGCUUAUAGAGAAGAAUGGACUGGCAUUCCCAUUCAUUUGUAAAACCAGAGUGGCCCAUGGAACCAAUUCUCACGAGAUGGCCAUCAUCUUCAACCAGGAGGGCCUGAAGGCCGUGCGUCCCCCCUGCGUCAUUCAGAGCUUCAUCAACCACAACGCCGUGCUGUAUAAGGUCUUCGUGGUCGGGGAGUCCUACACGGUGGUGAAAAGACCCUCUUUAAAGAACUUCUCCGCGGGAAUCUCAGACAGAGAAUCAAUAUUUUUCAACAGCCACAAUGUUUCGAAACCAGAAUCCUCAUCUGUCUUAACAGCACUGGAUAAAAUCGAAGGAGUAUUUGAGCGGCCAAACGACGACGUGAUCCGGGAAAUCUCUAAGGCACUGCGGCAAGCUCUGGGAGUCUCCCUCUUUGGGAUUGACAUCAUCAUUAACAAUCAGACUGGUCAGCAUGCAGUCAUUGACAUAAAUGCAUUCCCAGGCUACGAGGGCGUUUCCGAAUUUUUCACGGAUCUCCUGAACCACAUCGCUGCUGUCCUGCAGGGGCAGGCCCCGGAGGUGACCCCGCUGAGCCGCAGCAAGCUGCUGGCAGAGCAGGGCGGCGGGGUGGUGGGCGA